UCUUUGUUUGAGCAGAGCUACCGCGUGAGCAGAAUAGCAUAAACGUAUUGACUUCAAUUUCCCUCAAAAUGUCCAAACUACAGCUGUUGAAUGAGUUUCUCUCACAGCGCUUGACGGCGGCAACUAUUGAGAUAUUUGGGGCAGUGGAAAAAACGAUAACAGAGUACCAGGAAGAAAUCUCCAGUUCAAAGGAGGAGAUCGAACGUCUACAGAGGCUUCUGGAUGUGGCUUUGAAACCCGACAUAAAGUUACAUAAAGCAGACGCCCAGCAGCUCACUCUCCCUGUCCCAGAGGAUGUUCCCACUGAGAAGCAGCACUGUGAGCAGGAGGGGAGCCCCAGUCUAGACCAGGAGGAGCCAGAGCCCACACACAUUGAAGAGGAGGUCAGGACCAGUCCGGAGGAGCAGCAGCAUCAAGGACUGGAGUCUGACAUAGAGUUCAUAUUUACUCCUCCCUGUGUGGAAAGUGACUAUGAUCAGGACCCACCCCAGCCCUCACUAACCACCAACGCAACUGAAGAGAUGGAAACCGAACCAGAGGGAGAGAAAAAUGGGGCAUCAUUAACAACGAGUGACUUCCAGUCCCCCUCUGUUGCAAAUCCAGGAUCCCCUGCAGCACAGAAUAACACCAGUGGAAGUGUUGAUGUAGUGGCGAGUGGAGGACUACUGUCAGCGUUGGGGUUAGUACGGACAACCGGUAUGCAAGCAAGUGUUGGAGGCCGGAGAACCAAAAAAUUACCCCACAAGAAAGUACAAAGCCCGCAUUCCAGUGCAGUAAGCAGGAAAACUACCAAGUUACCCCUUAAGAUAGUGCAAAGCCCUGAUACCAGUGAUGGAGGCAAGAAGGCUACCAAGUUGCCCCUAAAGACAGUGCAAAGCCCUGAUACCAGUGCAGUAGGCAGGAAGACUACCAAGUUACCCCUCAAGACAGCGCAAAGCCCCGAUACCAGUGUUGGAGGCAGGAAGACUACCAAGUUAUCCCUCAAGACAGUGCAAAGCCCCGAUACCAGUGUUGGAAGCAGGAAGACUACCAAGUCACCCCUCAAGACAGUGCAAAGCCCCAAUACCAGUGCAGUAGGCAGGAGAACUUCCAAGUCACCACGCAUAAGAGGAGAGGAGACUGGAGGACUACGGUCAGCACUUGGGUUAGUUCGGACAUUGAGAGCACGGGUCAAGAAAGAACAAAGCUCUCCUACCAGUGCUGAAGGCAGGAAAACUAAAAAGUUACCCCACAAGAAAGGACAAAGUUCUCUUACCAGUGCUGGAGGCAGGAAAAUCACCAAGUUACCUAAGGUAACAUCACCAAGUAAAAGCCAUACUGCUCCUCAUUGUUGCAAGAUGUGUGGGAAGUCUUUUGUUUUCAUGACUUAUCUAGUUAGUCAUGUGCAAAAAAUGCAUUUAAAGGAUAAAUACCAUCUUUGUGGGGUUUGUGGGAAAGAUUUUAGGUCCACAGAUAGUAUGGUGAAGCAUUUGCAAACCCACAUGGGAGUGAAGCAUUUUUGCCACGCCUGUGCUAAAGUCUUCACUUGUAGUUCCAACCUGAAAGUGCAUAUGAGGAUCCAUACAGGGGAGAAGCCAUUUCACUGCAAACACUGUGGGAAAGGCUUCACUGUGAGGAAGUCCCUGGAAGACCAUGAGAAGACUCACACAGGGGAGAGGCCAUUUAAGUGCACUUCAUGUGGAAAAUGUUUCUCAUCAACAACUCAUCUAAGUCGCCACCAGGAAAUUCACACAGGAGAGAAACCCUAUCAGUGUAAUGAUUGUGGGAAAAGCUUCAGUCGGAAGGAAAAACUUGCUGAACAUAUGAGGACUCAUACAGGGGAGAAACCAUAUCCCUGCCCUGAAUGUGGCAAAUGCUUUGGUCUGAAGGGAAAUCUGACCACCCAUAUGAUAAGACACACAGGGGAGAAACCGUGUAGGUGCCAAGAAUGUGGGAAAUGCUUCUCUUUGAAUGCAGACCUGAAAAUUCAUAUGAGGACACACACGGGGGAGAAAAGAUAUAAGUGCAAUGUUUGUGACAAAUCCUUCACUCAGAAGGCAUACUUGGCUAGCCACAUUAUGAAACACACAGGAGAGAAAUAACAGGUCCAAUGAUUGUGGUAAAUGCUUCAAUCAAAUGGGAACCUUGAGAGAACAUGAAGCGCAUUCUCAGAGUAAAAACUCCUCCGUUCAUUGUGAAUUUAUUUUUGUUUUUUUCCUGGUGUGAGUAAAUGACAAUACACCACCACAGUACAAAAAGGUGAAAGAGACCUGUGUGGGGGAAAUGUAAAGGUCAGAACCUGG